AUGCCGUGCGUCAAGUUACCAAUGUGUGUUCGGAGCCCAUUCUCGGUAUGCCAUUUUCAAUUUCUAAGCGCCACGCAUAAUUGCCCAUAUUUGACUUCAAAUGAUAGAAGAGGAGAAUGUGCCACCUUUGAAGAGAAAGUGCUUGUGGACGAGCAAGAUGAAAUCUCUGCUGGACAUAAGAAUGAAGCUGCUGCUGAAAUCAUUCAAGGCCAGAAGAUCGAAGGCGAGUCGGACUCGAGCGAGAAGCUGCACGAAAUUGUAAAAUCGAAGGUGGAGUUGAAGUCACAAGCUGACUUGAAUUCCAAUUUGGAUUCGAAGAUUGAAUCGAUGACGAAGUUGAAGUCGGAGACAAAGGUGGAAGGCGAUUCGGAUGCAGAUUCGGAGAGAGAGUCUGGAAACGAAUCCGAAGGAGAAUCGGUUUACGAUUGCCCAUUGAGUACCAUCAAGAUAUUUGCCACCGACGAGCCAAUCCCGCGGCCAGCAUUGGCGAUCGGAUUCGAUGCUCAAAUGUCGCCGGCGCAAUGGCGAAAUAAGCUUCUUCAAUUGCAAUUGUUUGAAAAGGAUUUCGAGAAGAGCAUUUUGGAUGCAAACGCUGACCACACCGACGAAAAAUUGAAAUAUCGAGCUUCUGCUCUUUAUCCUCUUAUUAUUCCCGAGGAUCCGCACUUGGCGACGGAAUUGAUCGUUCUGCACGACGUCUUCGAACACGUUCGCAAGGCUCGAUUGGAAUUUCUUCAAUUGGAAAAUCCUGUCAAAGCGGCGAUAGAGGAAAACAAUAAUUCGGAACCUCCGCCAUUUGUUGAGGAAACUAAGCAGGUGUUGAACACCCUUGAUCGGAUUGAUAAACACAUGUACUACAACAAGUGCGUUACCCAAGAUGGUGGAAUGAAUGAUUACGAUAGCAUGCGCUCUUCAAUUGAGGCUGAUGGACUCAAUGAUGCCAUUCUGCGGGCCUUCGCUGAGCGCUUCGAGAGCUAUUGCGAGAAUCUCCUCAAAAAAAUGAGAGGUCAGAAGACUGAAGAAGAAUGCUCGCUCGAUUUGGAGUAUGGCGAUGAGCUGAACGCCGAAACUCCGGAGACCUUGUAUAACUUCAGCCCGAGCGCAUUCAGCGAUGCCAUGAGACUACUCGCUCAGCUUGAAAGCACUGAUGACGAAGAAGACUAG